AUGAUGGACAUAAUUAUCUACAAAUUAAUCGAAAAAAUUGCCGCUAAAUGGAGUCUAUAAGUUAACUUCAAUCUAGAGGUAAUUAAAAUAGAGAGAGAGUAGUGUGAUUAAUAUAUACAUUAACAUAAUAAAAUAUCAAAUCAUCGAAUGCAACUAUCAAGACAUUAAAAUAUUAGAAAAUUUUAUUUUAAAUCUCUUAAAAGUCUAGAAUAACUACCCAAAACUCUUAAAAUUAUGUUACAAGCAUAAUCAAUCUAUAAAACCUUAAAUAUUAAUAGUGAUUUAAGAAAGCGUUAUAUUAGUUUGAAUAACGAAGAGAGUUACUUAUAUAUUUGA